GCUGAUUGGCUUGUAUCGCCUUCUAAUGUAAUGAGGCGCAGGUCCUGGUUGGAAUUUUGCUUAUAAAGCCGCAAUGCACGAAACACCAAGAAUGUCAAAGAGAGUUUACUCACCUGUCCCACUAAUUCUAAUCAUGACCAGGAGAUCUUUCUCUGACAUGAGGCCAUUUCUGUGUCUAACCUGGAUGGGAGCACUGCUCCUUUUUGCCAGCUGCUCAGCCACUUCGCCCACACAGAGCGAGGCUGGGUGGACACAGAAACUUGGCGAGCUGGAGGCAAGACUUGCUCGAGUGGAAGAGAAACGUGAGCAGAGGGAUACAAGUGAUUAUGGAGACUUCAUCGAGAUGGACGGUUGGGUCUUGGUGUUUCGCGGCACACAAGGUCUGGGAUCCCCCGUGUAUGACGCAUGGACGCGCACUGGUUACCAUGACGACUACACCUUCACCCGCGCCUCCAUGCCAUGCGGGUGCACGAGAACCAACGGGUCAUGUGACCGUCACUACCGCAGUCUUCUGCUGGACUUCUGGCCCUCCUCUGCCCUGGAUAAAGUGAAGCUGGCUGUGUAUGAAGGUGGGGUGGAGAAGGCCUACAUGAUCUUCACCGGCCUCGGCAGCAACUACAUCAACUGGUUCUCGGCGGACAGACUCGUACAGUCUUCAUGGAAGGACCUGAAGUCGUCUGCUCACAGCUACUUCGAUAUUACAGGGUUUUCUGCACGUGGGACUUUUCGCCGGUUCUAUGUUAGCAAGAAUCAUGGUGGAUGUCCUGGUGACAACGGGUGGUUGAACAUCAAGGACGCCGGAAACUCUUGUCCAUGGGAGACUUCGAAUCAGAACCCUGCGUUUGUUUAUUCAAAAGCCGAGACAGUGAUUAACUGGCAAAGCGCCGGGGACAUGCGGGGCUUUGCUGACGUCAUGGCAGUGUGGGUCAAGUUUCGACCCUCAGUCAAUCUCAACCGAGCGUGCAUGCCAUGAUGGCGGGGUGUGUCUACCCUGCGAAGAAAAUAUCCCUGGGUCCUUUUGUUAGGGUGGCAGACAAGAAUAAUGGAGAACUAUGUUAGAGGCUGUAAGUACAAAGAAAACAGAAAUUUUAUCUCGUCUCUUGUUGUGUUUCACCAACCGUAGCAGAUCAUAGCUUCUGAUGUAUUCAGCUUCUAUUUACAUGUGAAUGUUGAAAAAUUUCAUGAAAAUAUUAUGUGGGAGAGAGCUGAAGUGGUUUUGGCGUUUCUUGAACACUGUACGAUUCCUUUAAUAGAACAAAGUCAAAAACAACAAGCAGCAAUCUAUCUUCUCCAUGUUUACCAACGAAAGCAGCGAUAUUGUAAAAAACUAAAAAACUACAAACUGCACAUGACUCACGAAAUGAUGUCUGCCUUUGGCCACCAGUUCCUACAACAACAACAACAACAACAACAACAACAACAACAACAACAACAACAACAGACUGCAGCAGAUUUGCAAAGACUUUAACGGCUUUCACCUUAACAUUCCUUUAUUUCUAAAUUAAACAGAAGAAGCCUUGAACCGUGGCGAUAUUUUCAACUUUAAUAUUCUUGAAUUUACUGCUCAUAAAAUGUCGUUAUCAUUUCAUGUUAUCCAUCAUUUUAGAAAAAAUUGUAAUGAAAGAGUGCGCAGUUUAUCCACGAAUAAUAAAUA